GCAACACGACAACAACAACAUUUUAUGGGAAAAAUUUUGUGAAGAAAUUUUUUUGUAAAAUUGCUGCAAAAUGGGUGAAAGAAAAGGUACCAAUCAUUACUAUCCACCAGAUUUUGAUCCAGCAAAGCAUAAGUCCCUCAAUGGUUAUCAUGGGGUGCAUCCGUUGCGUGAGAGAGCGAAGAAGAUCAAGCAGGGAAUUAUGGUUAUUAGGUUUGAAAUGCCAUACAAUAUCUGGUGUGGAGGAUGUAAGAACCAUGUGGGCAUGGGUGUUCGGUACAAUGCAGAGAAGUCCAAGGUUGGCAUGUACUACACAACACCUAUCUAUAAGUUCAGGAUGAAGUGCCAUCUCUGUGAUAACUACAUAGAGAUGCAAACUGAUCCACAGAAUUGUGACUAUGUGAUACUGAGCGGUGCUCGGAGAAAGGAACAACGCUGGGAUGCUUCCCAGAAUGAGCAGAUCGUCACUGAUGAUCGAGAUAAAAUCAAGAAACUUGCCACCGAUCCCAUGUUCAAGAUAGAUCAUGAAGCAACAGAUAAAACCAAAAUAAAGACCGCGUUGCCGGGCCUUGGAGAAAUAGAGCUAUUGCAGACAGCAAAAAAAGAUGAUUAUAUUCUAAAUAAGAUGGCAAGACAGAUGUUUAGGGGUGAGAAGAAGCAACUGAGGGCUGUUGAACAAGCAGACAGAGCCCUUCUGGACAAGUCAUCACUGGAUAUAAGUCUUGUAGCAGAACAUGAUGAUGACGUCAAAUUAGCUGGACUCCUCAGGUACAAAAAUACUGAAUCAUUUGAAGAGAGACAGAAAAAAAAGCGCAUAGAGAUAGACUCAAAACCACUAUUUGGCAACCUGCCUCCAAAAGUAACAAGUGGGAAGGAUGCACGAAAAAUCUUACUUAGUAGUAUUAGAAAAACAAAUCAAUUCACAAGCCAGGAGUCGUCAAAGUCAUUGUCAGUGAAGAACUUGGGCAUUGUGAGAAAAACCAAGUCGAAUACUGAGGAAACUAUAUCGAUAAAUCCUGAGAGUAAUUGCGAAAGCCAGACUGAUAGUUGUGAUAUGAAAGACACAGAUGCAAAUCUAAUGGAUUGUUCUGCUGAAGAACAUGUACAACAAACUGAUGUGACAGUUUCCGAUAAUAAGUUGACUCGUGGUCGUAGGCAAGAAAAUCCUGACUUUGAGAUGUUAGAAUCUGGGAAUCAUCAGAGUUUGGAUUCAAGUGCUUUGAGUUUACUGAUGCAGGAAUACAGCGAUUCAGAAAGUAGUACCAGUGACAAAGGUUGAAGAGGUGUUACCACUAGAAUCAUCUGUGAAAUAGCCUUGUUUGCGAAUACCAGAGUGAAAUUUCCUUUGUCCAGGUUACUUGAUAUGAGUUUUCAACAGGUUUUGAUAUCCUUCAUAGAUGUUUAGUUUCAGUAUCUCUUCAAAGGUGGCAGUCUGAACCAUGAGUAGUUCCACUUACACUAAAUCUGCAUAUGCAUGGACUGAAGAUUAGUGUUGCCAGGAAUGAAAUUGUUAACAAUGUCACAUACAUGUGUAUAUGAUAUGUCUGCAUACAUGCAAGCCCCAACAUCAAUAACUUUAUUUCUGUUGGUCAUUUCCUGGUAUGAGCUAAGAUAGUCUGAGAAUUUUCCUGUAGGCUAGUUACUGUUUUCCCACAGUCGUUAAUGCCAUGUAAUGAGAGAUGCUAGAAUCAACUAUUCUGAGAAGCUCGACUGUAUGUUGUCAGCCAAUCAAACUUCACCUGUUGCUAGAUUCAUGAUGUCAAUGAUGUCCCUUCCCUCUUGUGGAACAUGUGAUUGCUGGGUAUGAUCUAUUUCAACUAUCUCUGUACUUUGUGGUCAGUUGACAUAAUGUGGUCAAAUGAUCAAAGUCUAGUUAAUAAGUCGGUUAGUAAAUUUGAAUAGUGCAAUAUUCAGGUCACAAUACUGGGUAAUAAUAAGGUUAACAUUCUGAAGUGUCCUAUUGUUGGCUUGAUAAUGAUGCUUUGAUUUUAUACUAUUGGACUUGACUGAUUCAUCGAUUGAGAAGACUUUCUCGGUGGGCUAAAUUAUUUGGGGGCAAAUUUUUUUAAUCAACGAAUGGCAGCAAUGAUUUCUGGUAAAUGUUUUGACGUGUCUCUCCUGAAGAAAAUAACAAGAGCCUUCGGAACAAACUUAGAAGUUUUUUGCAGGCUCACCAGAAGAUUUGUUUGUAAAUCUUUAAGACCAUAAAAAAAGUUCAACUUGGAUCCGCUGACUGAAAUAAAUCAAUAGAUUGAUUGAUAUUGUCAUUAUGGUCAAAAUUUGAUCUUGGCAGUUUUACAAAUGAAAACUGUGCCAGGUCACAACCUAGAGAGGCAUGUUUAAAAAAUGUACACCAGAACAGGUUGUGACAAUGAGAAUUGUCCUGAUCCUACUAGACUUCUUUACCUGUAUUUGCUAAUGUGAAGGAAUGCGAGCAUAUAAGAUUCUUCAUUUGAUUACCUUGUACGCCACCCUGUCACCAAUUCAAGUGUUAUUGCCAUUUUAAUUCAAUAAACUGUUUUUCUGUUGAAA